AUGAGUGUUAAGCUGGCCACACAGGUAUUAAGUCAAUCUAUGGCAGAUGGAAUUAAGUUUUAUAGAGAAAGUCAAUGUGCAGGACUCGGUGGGAGUGAAGAAACAGAAGAGUUUACUAGGCUAUUUAACAACUGUUUCGAUGCAUUAAACAGAAAAUUUUCAAAAGAGGGUAUACGGGAAAAUAGCAAUGACCUAAUAGUUUUACAGAAUACUAUUAAUUUUAUUAAUGCUUGGGAACAAAAUGUGAAAAAUGGUUUGAUUUCAAAAGAUGACUUUUUGACCAGCAAUACAGCUGAUGGUUUAAGAUUAUUUUUUGGAACUGUUCGCCAAGCUUCAGGUCCUAAUGAUCAUCCUUCCACACCAACAUUCAUACAAAUAUAUAAAAUUCUCUCUGUUUAUUCUAUACUUAAACCUCCAACUACCGGAAAUUGUGAAUUGCUUAACACUGAUGUACCUAAAAUUAAUGUUUCUGAACGAUCAAAAAAAAUUAAGGUAUUAAAGGACUUACUUGAUACAUGUAUUGAGAAAGGAAACAUUGAAGUUGAUUCAGUAUUUGAUGAUCAUAAUUAUUAUAAAGCUUCCGCAGUGGAUUGUGUGGUCUAUUAUGUUUGUGGCUAUAUAACUAGGAAAUUAGCUAAACGUUAUAAGUGUGAAGAAUGUACAACAUAUUUCAAUAGUUCAACAAUAGCAUCUGCAAAUCCUGUAGCUGCACUAACAAAUAUAAAAUCCAAAGGCUGGUUAUUACAUCCUAACCAUAAUUUAUUUGAAUUUAUUAGGUACAUAGAAGAUUUAUUUACCCAGUAUUGUAAAUAUGCUGAUGUUUUUGAAUUAACUGUCAACCACAUAACUGAAAAUAAUAAACAGUUUUUGUUUCCAUGCUCCCUGCAUAAAACCGAUGUAAUGUCUGAUAUAAUAACAUAUUACAUUACAAUGCGCAUGCGGCAGUAUUCAGUAUUUCAAAAUAGAGAGCAAAACAAAUUAAGUUCAAAAAAAAAAAAAUUGUCAAAACUAGUCAACACUUAAUUGUAAUUUUAUUACUAAGUAAUAUUUUUAGUUUAAAUAUAUAAUAAAUAAAUAUAGUAUGAUAAAUAUUUUAAAUAAU